AGCACUCGAGGCUUGUUCGCGGGCGAAGGCAGAGGCGAGGCGCGCGCGGGUUUCCUCAGCUCGUUACGCGACGGGGGCAGCCUCCGGAGGAGCGCCGAGGUGACAACUUGCUCGUCCGCUCCACCAACGUCCCUGCCCGCCGCCGCCGUCGUUCUCGGAGGAAGCAGCCGCAGGAGCCGCCGCUAACCAGAAGCACACGGUAACCAUGAGUGAUCGAAAGGCCGUGAUAAAGAAUGCAGAUAUGUCUGAGGAGAUGCAGCAGGACUCCGUGGAGUGUGCUACACAGGCCUUGGAAAAAUACAACAUUGAGAAAGAUAUUGCUGCCCACAUAAAGAAGGAGUUUGACAAGAAAUACAAUCCUACUUGGCACUGCAUUGUGGGAAGAAAUUUUGGCAGCUAUGUGACUCAUGAGACCAAACACUUCAUCUACUUCUACCUGGGUCAAGUUGCCAUUCUCCUCUUCAAAUCCGGUUAGAACAUGGGACUGUUCCACCCCAAACAUGCAUUUGGUUACAGGACUGCACGCUAAUUCCAAAUAGACUGAAGUCUUCAGCCUUCCCCAGGGAACAUACCUUGAUCUUCAAGCCUUUUGUUGUUUUAAUGGACAGGUACUCCUCUGUACCAUUUUGUGUUUUUGUUGUGGCCAUAAAAAAAUAGCAAAAAAGUAAUCUUGUAUGUAUUUUCUUUACAAAAAGCAACCCACAAGUCCUAAUUUUCUAAUAAAACAUUUGGGCAUACAUUCAAUCUUUAAGAGCUUGUUCUAAUACUUCCAUAUUUGGCCAACUCUCCUACGACUACCAGCUUUGCACUGCAGACUUGAAAUAGCAAAUUAAUUGCCUAAAUCAGGGGUGACUAACUUGUGGCCUUCUGGAUGUUUAAGAUUACAACCCCCAUUACCCAUUAGCCAUGUUGCUUGAGACUGGUGUGAGUUCAAAUCCAAAAACAUCUGGAGAGCCAUAGUUUUCUAAGUCUACUGAAUGAACUGGAUUUGCCUUUGGCAAAACAGCGCUAGCAUUGGAGCCAAUAGGACCUGUAAACUAUUCCCUGUAUUGCAUCUGAUUCUUAAGCAUAUUUACUUGUAAAAUGACAUAACUGACUCAUCCAGUGGGACUUUCAAGCAAGUAUGUACAAGGUUGCACAAGUUUAUGCAUAAAUUGGAAGGGAUCCCAGUGUGUUCAUUGUCUUUACAAGUAAUUUUGCAUGAACUGCAAUCUAGGGUGUAUCUAAUGCCUGCAAAGAUGUAUCUAAGGAUGAUCUUUACUUACCAGUAUGCAUGUUUUGAUGAUUAAUGCAGUGCACAAAAGGAACAACUGAACUUAAAUUACAUUCUGGUCAGUGUGAUUCUUUAGUUAGAAAUAUGUGCCAGACUUAUUGUCGCCUCUAAAAAUGUUUAGUGAUGCCUGGUUAUUUAAAUUCCAAUAUGGAAUAUUUUAAUACAUAACAUUCUAGCCUAAUGUAAUCAAAAGCAUUUACGUACAAUACUUGUUCCCAGUAGCAUACAUGCCCUGUUUUUUUUGGCAUCUCAUUUUUGAUAGGGCAUCUUGAUGUAAGGAACAGUGGUAGAAUGCCUGUCUAAAGCCCAAAGAAUAAAACAUACCACUGCUUGGAAAAAGAAUGUCACCUAGCUUAGCAGGAUGUGCAGCUCCUGCUUGUUUCACUGAUAUGUCAGAUCUCCUUUUCCCACAAUCCAAACCAAGCAUUUUACAAAGACCUACUGUUUUGUACACUGGAGUGCAUGCUCAACAUUUCAUUUGAAAAUGUUUGCAACUUUGGAGAAUGCAACAUUAAUUUGUAAUGAGUUGGUAGUUCUUUGGUAGUUAAGAAUUUUUUGCAGUGGCUGCUACUACUUUUCAUUGCAAAUAUAUCACCUGAUGGUAGUCCUGCAAGUUCCUCUCCUGCUCUUUUUAGGGGGGUAGAUAGGAGGUCAAUAGCAUCCAGACUAGAACAUUAUUUGCAUAUUUUGGUGUUGAAGUAAAGGCCAGCCCAGAAAAUCAUAGAAUUGCAGAGUUGAGUUGGAAGGGACCCUGAGAAUCAUUUAGUCCAGGGGUGGCCAACUCCCAAGAGACUGCAAUCUACUCAGAGUUAAAAACUGGCAGUGAUCUACCCACUUUUUUGGGUUCAGGUCAAAAGUUGUUGAGCUUUUUUGAGGAAGGAGGAAGGCCCAUUUUGGGGGGGGGGUUUCAGGCCAAAGUUGUUGUGUUUUUUCAGGGAGGAGGUAAAAUUUAGAGCUUUUUUUAGGGGAGCCACAGUUGUUCAGCUUCUUUGUGGGGAGACAAUGAUCUACCAGUGAUCUACUGCAGACGUCCAAUGAUCUACCGGUAGAUCACGAUCUACCUGUUGGACAUGCCUGAGGAUUCUAGUGCAACCCUUGCAAUGCAGGAAUAUGCAGCUGUCCUAUAUGGUGAUUGAACCUGCAACCUUGGCUUUAUCAGCAUCAUGCUCUAACCAACUGAGCUAUCUAGCUUUCACUGUAGGGUGUAGUACAGAGACCCAAUUUGCAUCUUCAUCAAACUUUAAAUAUGUAGUUUGUGCAAAUGCUUGCUCCUCCUCUGUGCUAGUUACUCUUCUUUCUAAUGUAGAUAUUCAAUCCUGCCUAAAGUGGUGAUUAUGAAGGGCAGGCAGUCCAUGAAGACCUACUGCCACUCAACAGUAUCCAGGGGCUUGGGUUCAGGAGAUGCAGCACUACACCAAGAAUGGCAGUGCCCAAGCUUUCUUCACACACGGGAACAAUAUUUAUGUAACUCCUCACAUGAAUAUAUUGUAAUCAUGCAGUACCACAUACAUGAUGCUACUAUUUAAAGGAUGGGGGGGGCAGCUCCAUAACCUCAUAUGGUAGAGUUUUCUUGAGAAGAAAUAACAUGGUCGUUACUGUAGUUACACAUGCUUACAUUACAGCAGGAGAUGAGGAUUAUGAGUGUGUUGCCAUAAACCUCUGGGUAUAGGGCAGUAUAUAAAUUCAAGAAAUAAUAAUAGAGUUUGUAGAUGAGGACCUCCAUCUUGGAUUAAGAAUUUGUGAAGAAUAGAGCUAGCAUAAUUAGGGUAUGUACCAUUGGUUGUCCUCUACACAGAGGCUACAUCCAUUUUGAGGUUCAAACAAACUACAAGUCUUAUUUCAAUUAAAGAAAUUUGAAAAUUUAGAUAUAUAUUUAAUAAAUACAGCAAGAAAUCUCACAACUGGCACCUCUGAUGACAGACUGGUGCUUCACUGACUUUUACCCAGUAAGUGCACACCCUUUUUUUGAGGCUAGUGGGUGCCACACAUGGCUACACAAAAGGUGGUUGACAUGAUUGAAAUUACUUGAGUCUUAAAAUGCAGCUGCCCUCAUGAACAGAACUGCCUAAACCCAUCAUAUUUUUUAAAAAAUUCUCAC